GUCGUACACACCGCGACCUUCUGUCUCUUCCCUUUCUCUCUUAGCCACAUCCCGCCCCCCGUCGUUCCUUCGUUCCACGUUCUUUCAGCUCGCGAACCACAUCAUGGGUGCUAAUCUUUCGAAGGCGUUGGGGAGGUUGUUUGGGAACAAGGAAAUGAGAUUGCUCAUGUUAGGUCUCGAUGCUGCGGGAAAGACGACUAUCCUCUACAAGCUCAAAUUGAACCAGUCUGUCACCACUAUCCCUACGGUCGGUUUCAAUGUGGAGACUGUCACGUAUAAGAAUGUCAAGUUCAACGUGUGGGAUGUUGGAGGGCAAGACAAGAUUCGUCCAUUGUGGAGACACUACUACACUGGCACGCAAGGCCUCGUAUUCGUCGUCGAUAGUCAAGAUCGCGAACGGAUAGAUGAGGCGAAACAGGAGCUGCACCGAAUAUUGAGCGACCGAGAAAUGAAGGAGUGUCUCCUACUCGUCUUCGCCAACAAGCAAGACUUGCCAGGAGCAAUGCCACCAUCAGAAGUUACGGAAAAGCUGGGGCUGCACCGGAUGCGUGACAGGUCGUGGUAUGUUCACCCUAGUUGUGCCACGACGGGUGAAGGUUUGUUCGAAGGGCUGCAAUGGCUCUCGCAGAAUGUCAAGAAACGCCAGCCAUAGACGAUCCUUUUACCUUUCGCCCCUGGAAUCUGCUCUGUUUUUUCGGUCUGCUCGAUACCCUCUAUUCUGGCAAUUUUGAUCUCAUGGCCCGCACGACGCAUGCACGCUUGCACGACGGACAUACUGGUCCACACGUCUUCAUCCUCUUCGCGCUUAGCUACCUGUUUUCUCUCUCAAACACUAGGGAUAUCUUCUACUUACCCUCCUCGCCGGUACACGUAUGUACACGCAUUUUAAUGGAUACGCUUCCCAACUGCAUCGCAAUCGCCUUCGUUUCGUGUUAAAUACUGCUGCAAUCUCGUUG